ACAGGAAUCGUCUGGUAACUCAUCAAAGCGUACUACACAGUCCCGUGUAACACACUCCCCAGCCCAUCGGCCUGUGAGGACCACACCCUCUCCCUCCCGUUCUCGCACGACCCCUUCCCCGACGUAUAGACCGGCAAGUGCUAGCAGCAAGUCAAAUGGCUCUUCCAAGCACUGGGACAAUGACACUAGCGUAGGCAGCCCAGCUGGGUCUGUGUCACCUGCCAGAAAAGAGCCAAUAUCACUGCAUGCACUAUCGCCACGUGCUCUCUCCCCUACUGGUCGCUCUCCAACUGGGCAUGGUCACAGCCUGGGAAGCAGUCCCACUCUAUCCGAGAGAGCUAUGUCUCCACACAGAGGGAGUGCUGGAUCCUUGUUCCGUCCAUUCUACACCUCACAUUUCAAGGGGCCUGCAAGAGAACCAGUAUACCAUCCAGAUGAUGGUUACCUGAGAAUGUACUUGCGAGGGCGCGCCAUCAACUUCUUCAGUCCAUCAGAUCUUACGGAGUAUGAAGUGAGAUCUCCACUCCCAGCUCCUGAUGACAAACUCAGGCUGGAAUGGGUUUAUGGCUACAGAGGCAAGGAUUCUAGAAACAAUCUGUUGCUUCUUCCUACUGGAGAAAUCGUAUAUUACAUAGCAUCAGUAGUUGUGCUCUACAGUGCAGCUGACCACUCUCAGAGACACUACCUCGCUCACACCGCUGAAGUAAAGUGUAUGACACUUCAUCCGAAUAAGACUGUGAUAGCUACAGGCCAAGCUGCUGGGGUGGACAGGAGAGAGAGGAGACUGAGUGGGAAUGGGUGCACUGCUGACAUGGAAGACAUCACACAGUUACUGGCUCAUGUGAGAGUGUGGGAUACCGUAACACUGCAUACCCUGCAUGUGAUAGGAAUAGGUCUGUUUGAAAGAGGCAUUGCAUGCCUUGCCUUCUCCAAAGAGGGACACGGGGGACAGCACCUUUGCAUAGUGGAUGAGGCACCAGAACACAACCUCUCUAUUUGGGAAUGGAGCCGAGGUGACAAGGGAACCAAAAUCACAGAGAGUAAGAGUGGUCUGGAGCAGGUGGUGGCUGUGGAAUUCCAUCCGGUGGACAUAGGGACCAUAGUGAGCUGUGGGCGUGGACACAUCAGCAUCUGGCAUUUAGAUGGAGGUGGAGCACUGACUCGGAAACUGGGAGUCUUUGACACUAAACAGGAAAAGGCAAAGUUCAUGCUGUGUCUGGCAUUAACAGAGACAGGUGAUUGUUGGUCCGGUGAUUCUGCUGGCAAUGUGUGGGUGUGGCCACGGGGUAGCAACAAAGAUGGCUAGGGUAAUGACUGGUUGCCAUGAUGUGCUGUCUGCUGCCUGUACAACUGCCUGAUGGAACCAUUGUGUCUGGUGGGGGCAAAGACAAAGCCAUUCAUUCCUGGAGUCCGCAUUAUUACAGCAAACUCAUCUCAAAUGAUUUGCCUGCGAUGUUAGGCGGUGUGAAGACAGUAACACAGGGUAGAGGAAACCGGCUCCUGGUUGGGACAACAUUAAAUUACAUCCUGCAAGGAACCCUUGACUCAUACUUCAAUGUGGUCAUACAGGGCCAUGCAGAUGAGGUGUGGUGCCUGACCACUCAUCCAAGCCAUCAUCAGUUUAUCUCGGUUGCUGAUGACCACAACGUCUUUCUGUGGG